CCCCCCAACAGGGCUCCGCCGCCUCUCGCCGCCCCCCCCGCGCCCCCCCCCGCGCCCCCCCCAUGCCGCUGGGCCUGGGCCGCCGCAAGAAGCCGCCGCCGCUGGUGGAGAACGAGGAGGGGGCGGCGGCGGCGGGGGGGGGGGGGCGGCGGCGGCGGAGCCCCCCCCGGGGGGCGGCGGGGGGGGCGGCGGGGGGGGGCCCGGCGGGGGGGGGGCCGCCCCCCCCGGCCCUGCGGCCCCGCCUGGCCUUCCACGCGCAGCUGGCGCACGGCAGCCCCACGGGCCGCGUCGAGGGCUUCGGCAACGUGCGCGAGCUCUACGGGCGCAUCGCCGAGGCCUUCCGCAUCCCCCCCGGCGAGGUGAUGUUCUGCACCCUCAACACGCACAAGGUGGACAUGGAGAAGCUCCUGGGCGGCCAGAUCGGCCUGGAGGACUUCAUCUUCGCCCACACCAAGGGCCAGCGCAAGGAGGUCGAGGUCUUCAAGUCCGAGGAGGCCCUGGGCCUCACCAUCACUGACAACGGCGCCGGCUACGCCUUCAUCAAGCGCAUCAAGGAGGGCAGCGUCAUCGACCGCAUCGCCGUCAUCGGCGUGGGCGACAUGAUCGAGGCCAUCAACGGGCAGAGCCUGGUGGGCGCCCGCCACUACGAGGUGGCCAAGAUGCUCAAGGAGCUGCCCAAGGGCCGCACCUUCGCCCUCAAGCUCACCGAGCCCCGCAAGGCCUUCGACAUGAUCAGCCAGCGAGCGGCGGGGGGCCGAGGCGGCAGCACCCAGCUGGGCUCGGGCCGGGGCACCCUGCGCCUCCGGGCCCGCGGCCCCGCCACCCUGGAGGAGCAGCCCUCGGCCUUCGAGGAGAUGGCCAUCGCCAAGGUGGACGACCUGCUCGAGAGCUACAUGGGCAUCCGCGACACCGAGCUGGCGGCCACCAUGGUGGAGCUGGGCCGCGACGCCCGCGACCCCGACGCGCUGGCCCAGGCCCUCGACGCCCAGCUCGGCGACUUCGCCUUCCCCGACGAGUUCGUCUUCGACGUCUGGGGGGCCAUCGGCGACGCCAAGGUGGGCCGCUGCUAGGGGCCCCCCCCAGGCCCCCCCCCCCGCCUUGGGGACGCCGGUGUCACCUCCCCCAGCGGCGCAGAUGGAAGGGGGGGGGGGACCCGGCGACCCCUCGCCACGGAGCCGGCGGUGGCCCGAGCGGCUGGACCCCCCCCCAAGAUGGAUCGGGGACCCCCCCCCUCAAAAACCUGGACACCCCCCCCCCCGCCGUGCUGGGGAUCACUUAACAGCUGGAUCUCCCAACAUCUGGAUCCGCCAGCAUUGGCUCCCCCAACAUCUGGAUCCCCCCAACAUCUGGACCCCACCAUGGAUCGGGGAUCUACUCCAUGGAUUGGGGACCCCCCCCAAAAUAGCUGGACCCCCCCCCCAGGCCACAGUGGGGGUCCCCCAACAUCUGGAUCCCCCCGCACUGGUUCCCCAACAUCUGGAUCCCCCCCAUGGAUCGGGGACCCCCCCUAAAAAAAGCUGGACCCUCCCACUGCCUUGGGGACCCCCCAACAGCUGGAUCCCCCUUGCACUAGAUCCUUCCACAGCUGGAUCCCCCCCAUGGAUUAGGGACCCCCCCCCCAAAAUGCUGGAUCCCCCCCCCACUGCACUGGAGCCCUCAACAUCUGGAUCCCCCCCACAGCUGGAUCCCCCAUGGAUCGGGUCCCCCCCCCCCAAAAUGCUGGACACCCCCCCCCCCGCUGCACUGGGGAUCCCCCAACAUCUGGAUCCCCCCACACUGGACCCCCCCACAACUGGAUCUCCCCCGUGGAUCAGGGACCCCCCCCCCCAAAAAGCUGGACCCUCCCCCGCCACUGCAUUAGGGAUCCCCCAACAUCUGGAUCCCCCCUGCACUGGAUCCCCCCCACAGCUGGAUCCCCCCCCAUGAAUUAGGGACCCCCCCCAAAAUGCUGGACCCCCCCCCACUAGGGAUCCCCCAACAUCUGGGUCCCCCCCAUGCAUUGAGGAUCCCCCCCACCAUGGCCUGGGGCCCCCCCCUGCACAGCUGGACCCCCCCACCCCUUAGGGCCCCCCCCCCAAAGGACCUGGGUGCCCCCCCCAUAGCCAGGGACCCCCCCUCAAGGCCUGGGACCCCCAAUGGAGCUUGGGGCCCCCCCACCCUGGGGGCCCCCCCCAUAACCUGGGCCCCCCCCCCACAUAGGACCCCCCCAUAAUCUGGGACCCCCCCCACCUGUGACCUGGGAGCCCCCCCACUUUCAGGACCCCCCCCCCAAUAACCUGGCACCCUCUGAUAGACCUGGGUGCCCCCCCCACUCUGGGGUGCCCCCCCCACUCUGGGGACCCCCCCCAUAACCUAAACUGCCCCCAUAGAUCUGGGUGCCCCCCCAUAACCUGACCUCCCCCCCCCCAAGGACCUGGGUGCCCCCCACCCUGUGCCCCCCCCAUAACCUGCGACCUCCCCAAGGACCUGGGUGCCCCCACCUUGGGUUGCCCCCCCCACCUUGAGGACACCCCCCCAUGACCUCACCCCCCCCAAGGACCUGGGUGCCCCCCACCCCGGGUGCCCCCCACCCUGGGGUGCUCCCCAUUCUGCCCCCCCCCCAAGCAGGGUGAGCAGUGAGGGUCCCCCCCACUUUGGCCCCCCCGAAAGGGCUUUUUUUUUGGGGGGGGGGGGACUGGAGCCACCCUGUGCCAUCGUGUCCCCUCCCCCCCCCCCGGUGCCAAUCUGAGCCUGUCACACACUGUCACCCCCCCCCGGACACCUGGGUCCGGCCCUGUUCCCCCCCCCCCCAACACUGACUACCUCGGGGGGGGGGUUGGGGGUCCCCGGGUCCCCCCCGCGCUGGCCUUGUCCCUGCUGUGUCCCUUGGAGCUGGGGGGGGGGGGGCUCGGGGUGUCCCCCCCCCGGGCGUAUUUUUGUAUUUUACAUGUAAAGUGACUUUAACAUAAAAUAGAGCGAAAUUGG